AUGCAAUAAAAACUGUGGAUUCCAAUUCCAAAUGAAUUUAAACCAAAACAAGAACAUUUAAUUAUUUAAGGAGAAUUCACAAAACCUAAUGGUAAAACUAGAUUUCUAUAUGGAUAUGAUAAAUACAUAGUUUGCUUUAAGGUUAGCCAUACUUUUUAUAUUAACUAGAAGGAUGAAUAGCCAAAGAAAUGUUUAAAAUUAGAAUUUGAAACUAAAUUUGAAAUUUUAAGAUAAGCAAUAUAGAAAAAAGAUGAGGAUGAUGAUUCACUUGGACCAAUAAUAGGAAUUUAAUUCUUGAGAGAUAUUGUAGAGAUCAUGCCUACCUAUAAAUUAAGUGCAUCUGCUAAAUUAAUACUUGAAUGGAGAUAAUAUUUAAGUCCAAGAAUCAAUCAAUGGUAAUUUCAUCAGAUGUUUCGAGUUUAUAAAAAAAUUGGAAAAGGAAAUUUUGCCUCAGUAUUAAUGUACAUUUUAUAAUAGGUCUAUAUGGCUGAAAGAAUAGAAGAUGGUGAAGAAAUGGCAAUCAAAGCGUUUGCAAAACAGGCUGCUUAUGCUGAGGAGAAUGGAAAGGAAGCAAUUUUAAAUGAAUUAGCAAUAAUGAGAAAAUUACGUAACAAACAUCUGAUGAGAAUGUUUGAAGUUUACGAAACCUAGAAUUCUNAAUUUCAAUAAAAUUUUAUUAAAGUAUGUUUUAAAGUAUUCUAAUAUUAAUAAUCUUUAGGCUAAGUAAUUAUAUGGAUAGGAUAUUAAUUUUCAAACCAAGCUUAAAAAAAUUAGUUUGAAUUGUUAUUUUUUUUAAAUAUAAUACUUGCGAAUAUUUAAUGAAUUAUAUUUAAUUUUGUAAAAAUCAUAAAUAAUUAUAUUUUGA